GGAGGUGGCAAUCUAUUACGGAUGCAGUCGCGUUCCACAUCGCAACAGACAUGGUCCCAAUAUAUACGGUAGAAAAGGCUGGCUUCCAACAUUUGCUUAAUACGCUGGAUCCCCGCUACAAGUUACCAGGGCGAAAACAUUUUGGCGAAGUUGUCUUGCCCCGUCUGUACAACACAACUCGUUCGAAAGUGACAAAGAGGCUGGAAGAUGUACAGUUCUUUUCCGCUACUACUGACUUGUGGUCCAGUCGCACUAUGCAACCAUACCUGAGUUUGACAGUGCACUUUAUCACCGACGAUUGGUGUCUUGAAAAUGCCUGCCUACAAACGUCUUUCUUCCCAAGCGACCACAUGGGUGAAGAAAUCGCCCAGGGGUUGAGAGAUGGACUGGAGUCCUGGAAUCUGAGUGAAGACCGCCUCGUAUGCAUGACCACAGACAGUGGCACUAAUAUGACAAAGGCUCUGAGGCUUAACGAGUGGCCCAACCUACAGUGCUUUGGCCAUAAACUUCACAACGCCAUCAUGAAUGCUGUCAAAGACCCAAGGAUUGAUCGUGCCACCGGGAUUUGCAAGAAGGUUGUCAGUUCUUUCUCACACAGCUGGAAAAGGAGGAGGGAGCUGGCAGCAGUGCAGGCAGAGCUCGGCCUACCUGUCCAUCAGCUCAUCACGGAGUCCCUAACUAGGUGGGGCUCCAGGCAAGCGAUGAUCGAGCGUGUCCUGGAACAAGAGAGAGCCAUAGCACGUGUCCUGGGGUCGGACAAAAAAUGCAGGCACCUCGUGCCCACCUGGCAAGAUGUUGAGAUUUUGGAGUCUGUGAAUAAAGCAAUUAAACCACUGCAGGAUUUCACAGACGCUUUAUCUGGGGAGAGUUAUGUGACUGUCUCUUUCAUCAAACCAACACUCAGCAUGUUCAGAAGCAGUCUUCUCAAACCAGAAGACGAAGACACUGAGCUCACCAAAAAAAUCAAAGAAAACAUCCUGCAUUACAUGACUGAAAAAUACAGUGACCCAGACAAAGACGAACUCUUGGACAUAGCCUCGCUGAUGGAUCCCAGGUUCCGCACGACAUACAUCAACCCUACCAGGGUGGAAUACAUUAAGGAGAGAGCUGUCACAGAGCUGCUGUCUUUGAUGCCCACUGAGCCUGGCACUGCUGUGCCGGUGCGCCAGGAAGAAGAAGAAGUAGCUGCAGCUGAGCCUGGUCCUGUGCUGAAGAAGCGGAGGAGCUUGUCAAGUUUCUUCCCGAAGAAAACGCCCGCUCCCUCCUCCUUGUCAAAGGCAGACAGAAUUAGAACUGAGCUGGCAACCUACCUGUUGAUCUCUGAGAUAAGCGAGGAUGCUGAUCCACUUCAGUGGUGGAAGAAACACGAAGAAAAUUUCCCAAGGCUCUGCAAGUUAGCCAGGAAAUACCUCUCAAUACCUGCGACAAGUGCCCCAUCGGAGAGGCUCUUUAGUGUUGGAGGGGGCGUUGUAACAUGCCACCGGGCAUCCCUCAAGCCAGAUGCCGUAGACCGGCUUGUGUUCCUUGCAAAAAACUUGCAAAUGUGAAUAACAAAUGUAAUGACUGACUGACUGACAUUACACACCUCUACCUCCUUCAUGGGUUACAUUAUUAUUUAGCAUGCAAAGACCCAGUUUAGUUUAAUUAGUAAAUGUCUUGUUUUAUUUAAUAUGUUCGCAAGUGCUGAUUUGCUGAUUUUUUUUUUUUCUCAGAGAUAAAACUUAUAUUUUUUCAAACUUUAUUUAUUUUACAAAAAGAGUUUUGCACUUUAUUCAUUCAUUUUUGGUUAAUAAGAGUAAAGUUUGCACUUAAAGCCCAAUGGGGCAAAUGUUCAAUAAAA